GCCUCUGCUCUCAGCUGAUGGGGAUUCUGGUUUUUCUGGUCAGAUCUUAAACCCGAAGAGUUCGUCUCCACUUCAGUCUCUCUUUCGCAGCAUCAGGAGCAGCAGAAUGGCAUCAGAUAUUACCAGAAUGGCGAACCUCCCCAGUGGGAUUAGGAUUUGUACCACCUUUCCCGACAUCCUGUAUUUACCAGAACUGAUCUUUGGUGGUCUAGUGUGGAUCUUGGUGGCGUGCACAUUGGUGGAGCCAAACAACCCACAGGGCUGGGUCAUGUUUGUCUCUGUCUUCUGCUUUGUCAUGACUUUCAUCUGGUUAAUGGUGUUUGCCGUUGGGGGUCAUCACAACUCUAGUGGCUGGGCAGCAGCGGACUUCAUCUAUCAUGGCAUCGCUGCCUUCUUCUACCUGAGUGCUUCGGUAGCUUUAGCCAGAGUGACCCUCGACUUGAGAGGUAGCAACGCUAAGGGCAUCAAAGACUACAAACUAGACAUCUCUGCAGUGGUUUUCUCCUACGUUGCAACACUCCUCUACUUCAUCCACACUGUACUGUCUGCUAUCCGAUGGAAAACCUUCUAGGAGUUCUGUCCUAGCGGAGCCUUGUGGAACAAGACCAAACUGAUUUUUAUUUUUGCACUUAAAACUGUGGCAUGUUGGCAUGAUGGGAUGACUGAACAGAGAUGGGGAUUGAGGUUUCAGACCCUGUACACACAUAGAAGAGUAUCCUGCAGAACAAAGCUAUUUUUCUAUGAUUUCGCCUGUCGUCCACAUGUAAGGGCGUCAAAGACUACAAGCUAGACACGUCUGUAGUAGUAAGUUACAGACGGUGCCUGCAGACUUCAGACCCACAGAUUCAUUACAAAACUGUACUUUUUUGUUUUUAAAAACGAUUAUUUCAAAAACCUCUCAGCAAGUUGGAGAUCUGUCAGCAUUUGCUUGUGGACUUAAAUAACCGGGAUUAACUGUAACAAAAAUGCUCUGAUGUCACAUGUGCAACCUGCAUUUACAGUAGCUUGUUUUUAUGAGUAAACUCAAAAAAUGAGAAUACAGUCCAUAACUUCAUUUAUUUCCGUAAUCCUUCUUAGAGUGAGAGACCAUCUAAAGCAGGGUUUUUCAAUUCCAGGCCUGGAGGGCCGGUAUCAGCUCAUUUUAGUUUUAAAGAGCAAAUCACCCUCUACCAGAGUUAAA